AUGAGCGACAUCAACAUCGAUCGAUAUGAUAAACUGUUUACCACAAACGUUGGAUUUCCUCUGUCCCUAGUGAAGGAAGCUGUACCGUAUUUGAGGGAGGGUGGUCGCAUAGUCAAUGUCAGCUCCGUGCUUGCCAGGAUCGUGUGGCCGGAAACCCACCUCUAUAGCGCCACCAAAGCAGCGCUCGAAUCUCUGACGAGAUCGAUGGCGAUCCACCUUGGUCAAAAGCACAAAGUCACUGUCAAUGCUGUCAAUCCAGGCCCGGUGCAGACAGACUUGUGA